AUGACUUCCUUCUACGUCAGCUCCUCCCCAUCGCUGGGCAGCAUCACGACUCCUGGAGAAAGAAACUUCUGUAUCUCCUCCAUCGAUAUUGGGAGCCAGCCUGGGGCAGAGGUCAAGCCUGCCUCCCCGGGCCUCUUGGCCACCGUGGCACACGCCAACCGAGUCCUCCGUGUGGGGACGACCCCUCUGGGCCGACCCAGCCUCUGUCUGCCCCCCAGCUGCAACACCGCGUGCCCCUUGCCAGGGACCUGCCACGUUCCCGGCAACAUCGGAAUCUGUGGGACCUACGGUGAAGGCAGCCUGAAUGGCCACGAGAAGGAGACCAUGCAGUUCCUGAACGACCGCCUGGCCAACUACCUGGAGAAGGUGCGCCAGCUGGAGCGAGACAACGCGGAGCUGGAGACCAAGAUCCGAGAGUGGAGCAAAUGCCACGAGUCCACCGUGUGCCCGGACUACCAGAGCUACUUCCGGAGCAUCGAGGAGCUCCAGCAGAAGAUCCUGUGCAGCAAGGCGGAGAACGCCAGGCUGAUUAGCCAAAUCGACAACGCCAAGCUGGCUGCCGAUGACUUUAGAAUCAAGCAUGAGAGUGAGCACGCCCUGCGCCUGCUGGUGGAGGCGGACAUGUGCGGGAUGCACAAGCUCCUGGAUGACAUGAGCCUGGCCAAGGCUGACCUGGAGGCCCAGCAGGAGUCCCUGAAGGAGGAGCAGCUCUGCCUCAAGAGCGACCAUGAGCAGGAAGUGAACACCCUGAGGCGCCAGCUGGGGGACAGGCUCCGGAUCGAGCUGGACACUGAGCCCACCGUGGACCUGAACAGUGUGCUGGAGACGAUGCGGUGCCAGUACGAGGCCAUGGUGGAGACCAACCGCCGCGAUGUGGAGCAGUGGUUCGAAGCUCAGUCUGAGGGCAUCAGCCUGCAGGCCACGUCCUGCUCCGAGGAGCUGCAGUGCUGCCAGUCGGAGAUCCUGGAGCUGAGGUGCACGGUGAACGCCCUGGAGGUGGAGCGCCAAGCCCAGCACAACCUGAAGGACUGCCUGCAGAACUCCCUGUGUGAGGCUGAGGCCCGUUAUGGCACCGAGCUGGCCCAGAUGCAGAGCCUGAUCAGCACCGUGGAGGAGCAGCUGUCUGAGAUCCGAGCUGACCUGGAGCGGCAGAACCAGGAGUACCAGGUGCUGCUGGAUGUCCGGGCCCGGCUGGAGGGCGAGAUUGACACAUACCGAAAACUUCUGGAGAGCGAGGACUGCAAGCUUCCUUGCAAUCCGUGCUCCACGCCUACCUCCAGUGUGCCUCCCCCCUGUGCUCCUUGUCCUAGCUCUGCCCCUCGCACUAGUUGUGGGCCUGGUUCAGCCCAUGAAGCCUUCACUGGAAACCAGUUCUGA